AUGUCAAAGCCUCUCACUUUCUAUACCGCCCCGACUCCCAAUGGUCGCAAGGUCUCCAUCCUCCUCGAAGAACUCAAGGCCACGUACGGUCUCCAGUACGAAGCCCACAAGGUUGAUCUUGGAAAAAACGUCCAAAAGGAGCCGUGGUUUAUCGCUCUAAACCCUAAUGGUCGAAUCCCUACCCUUGUAGAUCCCAACCGCGACUCUUUCUCCGUGUUUGAGAGUGCCGCCAUUCUGCUGUAUCUCCAGCAACAAUACGAUCAGGAAAACAAAUUUGGGUUUGACCCUGUACAGAACCCCAAAGAAUAUAGCGAGAUGCUGCAAUGGAUCUUCUUUGCUCACGGCGGUGUUGGCCCUAUGCAGGGACAAUUGAACCACUUUAACAGAGCCGCACCCGAAAACAUUCCCUACGCAAAGAAACGUUACCACGAUGAAGUCAGGCGACUGUACGGCGUACUUGAAAUCCGACUCGAGGACCGCGACUAUUUGGCUGGAUCUGGCAAGGGCCAAUACUCGUUGGCCGAUCUCAACGUUUAUCCCUGGGUCAACAUUCAUGCGCUGAGCGGUAUCGAGUCCUUGGAUGAAUGGCCUGGACUGAAGGCCUGGCUGGAGAGAAUUGCAACGAGACCAGGUGUUCAAGCGGGCAACCAAGUUCCGUAA